AUGCCGACCGCCGCCGUACCAAAGCUAAUUGUUUUCGACCUCGACGCCUGCCUGAAACUUCCCGUCUCCCCGGAGCGGGGCGAGACAGUGGCCGAUCUCGUGGAUCACCGGCAGAUCUAUCCGGGCUCCAAGGGGCGGCAACACUUUCCAGCGCUGCAGCGGGAGACGGGAGUCCCGUUCGACCAGAUGCUCUUCUUUGACGACUGCACGUACGGGGACAACUGCGGCGACGUGGCGCGAAGCUGCCCCGGCGUGGCUUGCGUUCGCACGCCCCACGGGCUGACGGAGGCAUUAUUCGACGCCGGGCUCGCAGCCUUCGCGAGGGGCGAGCGGGGUGUGCUGGACGCGGGGAAGGACGCGGUGAAGUAG